GUUGCCCAGCGCACCGCCGCCGCCAGACUCUUUUAUUCUGGAAGCCGAAGUGCGUAGGCGGCCCCUAACCCCCUGGCCUCCGGGGAGGGUUGUUACGCGAUUUCCGUAGGCUUGGACCGGGGAAAAGUUGUUUCCUGAACUUUUGUCUUAAUAAAAGCAAACCGCUAUAGAAGCGAGGUGCGCCUUUUCCGGCCGGCUGGGGCUGUCUGUUGCUCAAGGGAAGCAGCGACGAGCCAACUGGGGAUUUUGAGCCGUCAGAGCUCCUCAGAAGGGGAUGAUUUGUGAGCCAUGGAGAAACCGGAGGGGGAGCCGUUCCGAAAUGCGCCAGAAGAGCCCGCGCUGGUGGCCAGCCUGCAGGCCAAGCUAGCCGAUUGCCGAGCGCAACUGGAGCACUGGCAAGGCGUAGCGACGAUCUGCGAGCUGAGCAAACAGGAAGAGCUAUCCGAGCUGCAGAAACAGUGUGACCAGGAGAUACAGUCUCUUCAGGAGGCACUGAGAGAAACAGCAUCUCAGUAUGAAACCAAGAUCGCAGCACUGCUGGCUGAACGCACUCAGUGGAGGAGCAGCAUGCCUGUGGCCACCAAUCGCAAGAAUGGCCGGGAGGUGCUGCGUGAUGGAGACGGCUUCCUGCAGGCAGAGGCCGAUGCAGAGAGGUCUCGCGGCCUGACAGGGAGCCCUGGUGACCGGUGCGACUGCACGGAGCGAGCUGAGCGAGACUCAGGCGAGAGGCCCGAGGAGGACGCCGGGAUGCCCGAGGGGGAUGUCGAGGGGCCGCUAUCUCUGACAGAGGGCUACUUCUCCCAACACUGUGACACCUCCUCCCUCUCCUCCUUCUCCUUGGACACUCCCUUACUGACCAGGCGGCCUCAGCCCCAGGACGACACAGCUUCCCUACUGUCCACCGGGACGCUGGUGCCUGAGGCGAUCUACCUGCCCCCGCCAGGGCACCGGCUGGUGGCACAUGCUGACUGGGACGCACUGCAUUCUCAGGUGGCCGAGCUGCAGGGGGACCUUGCACGUCUGCGAGAGGAGCGGGCGGAGCUGGAGAAAGAGCUCGGCCGCCAAACCUCUGAGACCCAGCAACAGGUUUCUGUGCUGCAGUCACAAGUACAGACCUCAGAGACCCUCCUCCAGGACCUGCAGAAGUCCUUUGCACAAUCACAGAGCGCCGUGCAGGGCCGCCUGGCGGAGCUCUCUCUGUCCCACCGGAGGGUCUGUGCUGAGCUGUCCAGACUGAGGGCUUCAGAGCCUGAGGCCUCCCAGGAGAGGGUCCAACAGGCCGACGUGGGCCCAUCCCUACAGGUGACGCAUUGUGAGGAAAGGCUACGUAUUGAGAUUGUCAACCUGAAGGAGCAGCUGGAGCAGCGGACGGAGGAGAGCGAGGUCCUGGAAGUUAAACUCUCAAGUCUGAAGACGGAAACGGACAGAAUUCAAAGUGAAAAUGAUAAGCUGCAAAGUGAGUUACAGAUAUGUCGCACUGAACUCUCUGGCCUGCGGGUGGCGUUGUCUCACCUGCAGAAAGAAAACAAAACUCAGAGCAGCGACAAGUCUGCUCUGGAGCAGCAGUGUCUUGAACUGCGCAGUCAGGUGAUCAGCCUGCGCAGUCAGCUAGACAACAGUCAGACUGUGCAGAUGGACUUUGUGCAACUGUCGCAGUCGCUGCAGGUGAAGCUGGAGUUGAUCCGUCAGGCGGGCUGUAUGGAUCAAGUGAGGGAGGUCCUGGGGGAGGGGCCGAUUGAUGGGAGUUCAAAGGUCACUGACACUUCAUAAGCCAAAGAGACGAAUCUGUCAUGAAAACACUGAAAGGUGGGUGUUUACUGGACACCAAGCAGUUAUUUUACACUUUUACUGAAUAGUCUAAUUUGAUGUAUGGAAGCUGACAGAGGUGACACUACUGCUUAUUUUUAUAGCUAAUGUUAUUAACUUGAAUGGAAAUUGUUAGUCUCUUACUCGCACACAUCUGGCGUCCACUUCACCGUCGCCUGGGACUGUCCGUCCAGUACAGCCUCUGAGUCAGCGCUGUCAGUCAUGUGCUGGGUAGAACUCUGUGACUCCAGCAUCAAUGAAGUGUCUUAACUGUUAAGCCUCGAUGUUUCGAAAUCUUUCCGUCUUUGCUGCUCCUUUUAGUCUGUAAGUUCACUUGAAUGUUUGUUUUUUAUUUUUAACCUGGGGUCCUUCUGUUGGUAAGCACUUCUCUCAUUAUUAUUUUCUGUUCUAUACUCAUUUUACAUUUGUGCAGAUCAAAAUGUUUGUAUUUAACAGGUUUAAUGAUUUUGAAAUGUGUCACGUUGUAUUACUUCUGCUCUGUGAUUGAGCAUAACUUUAAAAAGUUUCAGAUCAGGCUGUUGGCCCUACCUUGUCCCCAUUCCUCAGAAUGGAGAUUUCAGUGUCCCUGAUUGGUUAGGGACUUGUGAUCAGGAGAUUUCCAGUUCUUCCCUUUGGCCAGUAGGGGGCCUGCCUGGUUUGAGUGAUGACUGGGGGAAAACAAUGAGUCUGUGAUGUUUGUUAUGGUAAUACCUCAGAAAUUAUUGAAGUGGAGUGUACUGUUAUUCGGGUGGGCGGGCCUUUCCUCCUGUGCUCUGGUCAUCUUUUAGGAAGGAGACAUAGCAGUUUAAGCAUUGAUGUGCAUGGAGGCAAUAUCUGCAGCUUGAGAGCAAACCAGUCAGAUUAACACUGAGAUUAACAAAGGGAUCGCAGCAGUCGGACUGAUGCCAGCUGACUUUUAUGCAGUUCCGAAUCUCGGUGCAUUUGAUUCCUGGUGCAAAUCUCUCUGUCUUUAUUCAUUUUACCAUUUUCAAACGCAAAACAAUUUGUGAAAUCCUCCACUUUAGGCAUCUUAUUAAUGUCUGCAUUAAACAAAUUCACAUUUAAA